ACAAAGUGGAAAAGAGACGAUAAGAAUCCUCAAUGUUACAUGAUUAAAACAGCAAUCAAUCGAAAAUCCAUGAAAAAACAACAUGGGUUACACAUCUCACAGAGGCCGAUCUUGAAACAUUUAAACAAUUAAAUUAGGGAAAAGAGAGCUGAGAAGCAUUACUUAAUCCUUUCUUCUUUUUCUCUUUUAUUUUUCUUUUUUUAUACAUAUACUCUUUGUUUUUAUAUAUAUAUAUAAAAAACAAGAUCCGGUAGAGAUCAUUUAUUUCUUUUUUUUAGGGGGAGGGUAGCAAAAAAAAAAGGUUUAUAUAACCAUGGGAAAUGAACAAUCGACCUCAUACGAAUCAUCCACUAUGAGUUCCGAAAAACCCGCUUCAUAUACUACACGAUCCACUACGACAAGCAAUAGCAGUAGCACACGUAAACCACAACCGUUUGCAGGCUCAUUUUUUGAUUCUCAUCUGGCACCUGUUGUGCCGCAUCAACAAGCCAAGAAACCUAAUCGACCAGCAGGACAUGUCAACUUCUUCGAGGUAGCAGCUGUCUCGCCUCAACCCACCAAAAGUAUCAAAUCUUCACCUUCUAAUUCAUCCUCUUCUUCAUUAAAGAAUGGUAGUAAACAGUCCUAUCCAUCCACUUUAAAUAGUGGCCGACAUUUAUCCAAGAAGAGUAUUUCGCAAGUCACUACAACCAGUUCUGGAAACUCGUCUGUAGGAAGUAAUGAGAUUGAAUCCAAGCUUUCUUCGAUAUCGGAUUAUAUUUAUAUUCAUGGUAGAAAGUACUGGAAAGCGCAUGGUUCGCAAAAGUUUAUUUUACCUUGUGAUGAUGAAGAAAGCGACAGAUUGAUGGCUAUGCACUAUAUUUUAAAAUCGAAAUUUGGAGGCAAUUUUCUCUCACCGAUUAGACAAGUGUUGAGUUCUGAAAUGAAUCGUAGCAAAGUUCUUGAAAUUGGGUGUGGAGCAGGUACGUGGAUUCUUGAAAUGGCCAGUGAAUUCCCCAAUACAGAGUUUGUUGGGGUAGAUGAUUGCCCGUUAUUUCCAGCAAGCAUGAAGCCAAGAAAUGCACGUUUUAAGUUACAAAAUGUGUUGAAAGGAUUAUCGUUUAAAGAUGGAGAAUUUGAUUUUAUUUACAUGCGAUUGAUGAUGAUUUAUUUUACACCUGAAGAAUUAACCAAACUCUUGCGUGAGAUCUCUCGUGUGCUAAAACCCGGUGGAUACUUUGAAGUUUUGGAUACAAACUACACCAUUCGAAAUGCAGGACCCAUUUCGAAAAAGCUGGUCAACUCCGAACUGAAGAAUAUACUACAAUUAUCCACAGCGACGUACGAAUCGAAUACGAAUCAUCCAAUUUUUACGUGUUUGAUGUUAGCCCCUCAACAACCUGGUAAUAACCCUGAGGGACAUUUCAUUGAUAUUCAGCAAGAGCGUGCGGUGUUGCCGUUGGGAGAUUGGGGAGGUGGGCAGAUUGAAGAGUUGCAUGUGGCCAAUUUCAAGAAUUUGCUCAGAAGCAUUCAAAGCACAGAUGAGGCACUUUCUCCCCUAUCAAAACAAUCUGUGGAUUCCAUUCUUGAUGAAUGCGAUCACUAUAAAUCAUAUUUGGAUUGGUUCUCGUGUUAUGCAAGAAAGCCGUUUAAUGACGAUCAAUUGGAACAAAGUACACUUGAUUCUAUUUAUGAAUUCGUUGAUGGAUUUGUAGAUUUUUAGUUAUAAUAAAAAAAAAAGAGGAAAUGUUAUAUAUUUAUUUUUGAAAUGU